UACUUUAUUUUUAAAUUAAAUUCCAUUCUUUUUAUAUUUAUACAGCUACUCCUGCCACCCUUUUCCUCUCACUUCUAUUUUUCCUUCACACCGUAUCUUCAAGGUAAUUACAGUAAUAUUUUCCUUGAGCGAUUGAUUUUCUUUCAAUUUAUAUUUUUCCUUUAUACCAUAUUUUAAGGUAAUUACAGUAAUAUUUUUUAAUUUUAUAUUAUGUCUCAAGAAGAAGAGCAAAAGUUUUUUGAAAUAGAGGGAUUUCGUCAAUACAAGACGUGUACUCGACACAGCUAUCUCACCGCUUUAAAUUUAUCUCUGAAGAAAGGAGAGAAGCUUGAUAAGGGUGCUCGCUGCAGUUUUAUUUAUCACUAUUUCCUUGGUUGGCACUGGUGCGAGGAAUGUUUAAAGUUCAAUCUUAUGAAGAAGCAACGAAAGACAUUUAUACCUAUUACCGAGAAUUUAUUCUUUUAUGCUUUUUGGUUAUGCACUGAUUGUGCACUUUUUGCUACAACACCUUGAAUCAUUUUAUCAAUUUAUUUACCACUUUUACA